UGACUGCACGCAGUCCUCGUCUCAAUGGGUCGACGAGUGCCAUGGAGCUCCCCAGACUCCGUCAGCAGGAGAUGAUCCGUUUGUAACCAAGAUGGUCCUGAAGAACUUGGGCAGCGCAGAAAGCAUGACGGUCGGCUGCCUCGACUGGGACCGGCUUGCGGACCGGCACGCCAGGGUGUCCCGCGCCUCCAGGACGUCGACGACGUCACCACCAUGCUGGCAGGAGCGCGUGCAGGACUACCACCACUACCACCGCGACGCGGAGAGGUCGGCCGCCCGCGCCGAGAACCUGCGGAGGAACCUGCCUUCGUUUAGAGUCUUGCGGCUCCUGGGCACCAUAGGCGUCGCGCUGCUGGCGCUGUCGUACGCCGUCUACCUCACCAACCCCAUAGAGAUCGUCAUCAAUAUGGGACUGGCGUCCUCGCUGCACAAUUCGUCCAUAUUCACCAACCUGGCCUUCGCCACGCUGGUGACCUACCUGGACGCACAGCCCUUCCUCCGGAUCACCGUGCACGACUACAUGUGGGGCAUAGACGAGCCCCUGGUGCCCCUCGCCUCCAAGCUCUUCCCCAAGUGGAUCAGCUUCCCUCGGCUGGGCAUUCUCGACAGGAUGUUUGACGAGGGGCACAACGUGGUGACGAUGAACGUGAAUGGCGACGAGCGCGCCGACCGUCCCGCGGCCGACCUGCAGCCGGGCAACGCGUCCUCCGUCAGGAGGGCCUUCGCCAUCGACUCGUGGAACGGCUCGCCGGGCCUGCGGCACUGGGGCUUCGGGAAGGAGGACGACCCGCACAGCGCCAGCAGCCGCUGCAACACGAUCCGCGGCGCCACCGAGGGCAUCCUGUUCCCGCCCAACAUGCGGCACGACAUGCGCUUCGCCGUGUACCGCAAGGCCUUCUGCCGCACGCUGCCCCUCCAGUUCGUACGCGAGGGCCCCACGCCGGACCAGGUGCCCGCCUACUGGUACACCCUCCGCGACGACAUCUUCGAGACGGCCGACGUCAACCCGGACAACGACUGCUACUGCCGGCCGCGCGUCGCGCCCUGCCUGCCCAGGGGACUCAGCGACCUCACCCCCUGCUACUACGACAUCCCGGCCGCCGUCUCGCUGCCGCACUUCUACAAGGCGGACGAGUCCCUCCUCACCAAGAUCGACGGGCUACGGCCCAACCGGACGCUGCACGGGACCACGCUCGCCAUCCAGCCGAGAGUCGGGGUGCCGCUCAUCGCCAACAUCCGAGUGCAGACGAACCUGGUGGUGCACAAGACAAAGGGCAACCCCAGGGUCAAGCCCUUCAACAACCUCACCGUGCCCAUCUUCUGGGUGGACCUGACGGUGCUGGGCCUCCCGGACAACAUCACCGCCCUGCUGGACUUGAUGCUGGUGGUCGGGCCGGUGAUCCAGACCACGGCCAUCGUGCUCCUGGGCUCGUCCGGCGCGCUGCUGCUGCUCGCCGCCUGCGCCGGUGUCUGCUGCUCGGCGGGCAUGCUGCACGCGUCCUCGUCGCCGCGCGCCGUGCCCCUCCAGAGCGCCUACAAGUACAGCCAGGUCAAGAUCAUCAACGCCGUCAAGCCGCGCGCCGAGCAGCUCGUGUCGCUGUCGAUCGGCCGCGACCGCGACUCGGACCUGUCCGACUUCGGCAAGGGCCGAUCGUAAACGCGUGCGGCCCCCGCCCAACCAAACAGGGUCACCAAGUUACCUGCAUCGUGUUCGUGUGAUAGUAGGCUAGUGUACAGACGAUCUCGUGCGCGCCGGGCCGAAGGCCGAGCCGAAGGCCGAGCCGAAGGCCAUGGAGGUCGCCGUCGUGGCGCUCGGGUCGCUGGGCGCCGGCCUGGUGCUCUUCCUCGCCACCGGCAUGCUCUGCACCGCCGCCAUCCUGGCGUCCACCAAGGCGGCCCGCCCGGCCAGGGCGCUCGCGUCGCGGCCCCCGCGGCCCCGGGCCCCGCCGGAGCAGGACGCCGCCAAGGAGCCGACGGCGGCCUUGCACCUGGACUGGAUGGACUCCGCCAGGGGCAGGACGCGCUGACCAGCCGCGGCGUGCUGUGCGUGUGUGUGGUGUUCAAAGUUUGGCUCCCGGACUGGCAGGACAGCCAAGGAGCUGGACGACGGUGGAACGUUUUCGUCAACGACCGAGUGUGUAUACUGCGAGCAAGGAACGCUCUCGCCUUCAGUUCGUCUGCGGUCCCGGCGUCAGUAUUGAUGUAUUUAUAGCGAGUAAUUUAUUGACAGAAAGAGUACCGAUGGGAUAGAGUUAUAAAAACAAGAGAGAAUUAUGUGUACCCUUCAGUAUAAGGCAUAUUGCACCUCUUCAAAAUCCAUUUCUGAAUGCCUGUGUAAAGUUUUCGACAGCAGCGCAGUGACAUUGUGUGAUAUUUUAGCCACUAUGAUUACUAUGCAAAUCAUUGUUGUUGUUAAUAACUUUAGUUACUAGCAAAAUAAGCGAUCUGUUUAAAAAAUAAUUUCUACCUCAUGUAUACGAAAUUAUAUUGACCAAUUUUAGACCGUAAGCGUAAUCUUGCUUGCAAACAAAACUACUGAGACAGAUAUAGAAUGCAUCAAUUUCUUUCUACGUAUGUACAUGGUUGUAUGAUUGUCCCUCUUCUUUAGCGUAGAAGCAUGACUUGUCUGGCUUCAAUAGGCAGUUCAAAGAGAAAUUAAUCUGUCACUUUCCAGUUUCAGAAUACAGGUGUAAUAUUGCGCCAAUAAACAACUGUCCUUAUUU